CAUGAUCUACUUGGGUAAUUUAUCCUUUGACCCAGUACAAAACGACGGCACGCACCUUCUCCAAACGACAAUGCGUUCUCUAGUAUCAGUGGAUGAGACGAGAAGAACAAAGCGAGCAGCGUGUGCCAUCAGAUGCUUCGCUACUGAGAAUGUUAUGUUUGAAACUCGGGGGUAGCUGAGCUGUUUGACAAAAAUGAACAUUGCACAAGUUACUGCAUGCCAGCCCGGGAGUUCUCUGAAAAAUAUAUCUCAGUUGCACAAGCUUCAUUCAAAACCAUACGGUUUACCAAAGAGUUUUGGUCCUUGCUCUUGUGUUCUACUCACCCUAAGAGCAAGACAAUCUUUUGGCCUGAAAUGUCGGCUUAUUUCACAAUCUCGGAAACCUCUGCAUAUUUGCUUAGCUGGUGAACAAGGGAUGAUGGGAAAUGAUGAAGAGAAUUCCCCAUGGAAAUCUAUUGAGAAAGCUAUAGGAAAAUUCAAGGGUCAAAACUCAAUAGAGGAUGUAUUACGGCGGCAAAUUGAAAAGGGUGAAUAUUAUGACAGUGGUGGUGACGGGGGAGACAAACCACCAGGAGGAGGUGGCAACAGUGGCAGUGGUGGUAGUAGUCCUGAUGGCUCUGGUGAUUCAGAGGAUGAAAGCCUUGCUGGGAUGUUGGAAGAAAAUCUCCAAGUGUUUUUAGCGACCCUUGGCUUUAUAUUUCUGUACAUUUAUAUCAUCACUGGCGAGGAAAUCACAAAGCUAGCUAGAGACUAUAUCAGGUAUCUAUUCGGUGGAUCUCAGAGUGUUCGACUGAAGAAUGCCAUGUAUCAAUGUGGUCUAAUCUACAAUACCCUGACGGCACCGAAAGAAGAGGAAGAUGAGGACAGCGAGUUUUGGUUGGAGGAGGCCAUUCUGAAUACCCCAACUUGGUGGCACGACCCUGAUGAUUACCGGGAAGUCCUUAAAAAUUACUUACUAUCAGGGUCAGAUGAAGCCAUGGCCAUGAGGGAUCACUUGGGACUAGAAUCAGAUGAACAUGUUAGGUAUUACUUGGAAUCAGACUAUGAAGAUGAUGAUGAUGACAAUGAUGAUGACAGUAAUGAGAAAGAAGAUGACAACGAAAUAAAUUUUCCCUGACUCCAGAGCAUCCAGUGUUGCUCCCUUUCAGCUAUUUUCCCUCAAGUUUAAUGAAGCUCUGUAAGCGUUGUAUCAUCCUGGUUUGUGUGUUACCCUUUUUUUCAUUUAGGCUUUACUUUAUAUGAACCGAAGUUGUUUCUCUAUAAAUAUAUUGGAGCCCA